UAUAUUUGUUGACCAGCCCCAUGUUUUCCAGUCUCAUUUACACUGUCUUCUUGUCUACAUAAUAUAUCAGUGACAGUCAUUCGCUUUUAGUCGUCGCGACAUAUCAUUCGUUUACACAAAUCCGUUCUUCCAUUUUAUUGUUGGGUAGCCGAUUCCUUUAUCAGUUGCGGACUUGAAACAGAUUGUCGAUAUGUUGAAAACAAUUGCCAUUCUUUCGGCAGUAACAUCAUGCUUUUCCUUCGCUAAUGCUGCAGACUCCGUUGUCAGCUGGCCUUCACCAGCUUAUGACGAGAUCGAGGAUCUAAUGGUCUUGAACUCCGGAUACAAUGCUCGAAAUUUUCCGUUCCCUUUGGUCCCAUGCACCUUCACUCGAAGUCCCGGUCAUUCGAUUGCUGGAGGCUUUCUACGGACAGCCUUCCAUGAUAUGGCAGCAGCAGAUGUACGAGCAGGAACGGGAGGUCUAGACGCCUCAAUUGGCUUCGAAAUGGACUCCAGUAUCUACAUUGAAAAUACUGGAGUUGCGUUCAACAAUACUAUGACCUACUUCUCUAGCUACUUCAACAGCCGAGCGACCAUGUCUGACCUCAUUGCCCUGGGGGUAUACGCAUCUGUCAGAGCCUGUGGUGGACCUGCUGUGCCGUUGAAAGCCGGUCGUAUCGAUGCCACCAACGCCGGGCCCCAAGCCGUUCCGGACCCGAAAAACGAUACGGUCAAGAUGACCGCGGAGUUCGCACGCAUGGGAUUUUCUCCGCAAGAGAUGAUACAAGUCGUUGCCUGUGGUCACACCCUGGGAGGCGUUCACUCGGCCGAACACCCCACUCUGGUCUUGCCGAAUACUACGGCUCUUGGGGUCACCGAUUUUGACACCACCAACAGUACAUAUGACAACAAAGUCGUCACCGGGUAUCUCGACGGUACAUCCCAGAACCCACUGGUGGUUGGGCCAGACGUGGAUUCACGUUCGGAUCUACGGAUCUUCUCCUCUGAUGGAAACAAGACGGUGUCGUCCAUGGCAGACCCGUCGUCUUACUCGACCACCUGCUCAAAGAUCCUCGCAAAAAUGAUCGACACUGUGCCCGAUAAUGUGGUUUUGACAAGUGUCAUCACCCCAUACGAUGUCAAACCAUACAAUCUUCACCUUAGCGUCGUGGGGGAUGACGAUCUGCAGUUCUCUGGGGCGAUCCGGUUCAAGACCACUUCGAUUCCAAAGUCGGCCAUCUCAAGCAUUCAACUUGCCUACAGAGACAGAAAUGGAGCUGAUGGUGAUGUGAUUGGGACCACAAUUCUGGGUGACGCAUCAGGCUUCGAUGAUACAUUUACCUUCUUUGGUUUCAACUCUACCGUCCCUGCAAAAACUUCCAUCUCAUCUUUUACAGUAGUCGUCGCUCUGUCGUCGGGUACAGUGACCUAUGACAACAACCAUCAGGGGUUCCCUGUUCAGGAUACAGUGUUUGCGCAAACCUUGAACUCGAACCUCGCUGCGUCCGAUGCCCAGGGGAAUCAGGCAGCUACCUUAGUCGCUGCGGUCCGGAAGGGGACGAUUGGAGACGUAGAGCUGACCUUUUCUUCGGUUCAAAAGAUGACCUACAACAAUCUGCCUACAAUCUCCAAAUCCACCAUUUCAAUGGCAAGGGCCUGCGAGUCUGAGUACUAUACAUUUUACUCCGCGACGUACAGUAUUGCCACAGCUGCAGUCAAUGGCACCAAAUACGACGUGAGCGUAGGUGGAUUCUCCGAUAGCUUCAAGAGCCUCAAGCUGCCCGUGGCUCCGAAUGCCUUGAGUUGCCAAGGUGGUGGCAAUUCUUGGUCGAACACCACGUCAAGUACGUCAGCAACUAGCUCUGUCCCAAUACCAUCGACUGGAGACGCAGAUACGUGGACUACUGCCAUCGUGACCGCACUCACGACGUACUGCCCAUAUGCCACCGAGGUUGUGCAGGGGUCAAGGACAUACACGGUCACGCAAGCCACAACUCUGAUCAUUACCGAUUGUCCAUGUACAGUCUCCUGGAGCUCAGGACAAAGUACCACCACCAGCAGUGCUGAUUACUUUGCUACGACGAUCUCGAACCUUAUGCAUGCAGGCAAUGCUGCUCCGACAGCGACCAACACCACUUCUCCGCCCAGCUUUAAUGCCGAACAACCGACACUCUCAGUAUGGUCGGCCCCGACGACAUUGCCCACUAUUCAAACCUACACGGGCGGCGCUCGCAUCAUUGUGCCAGGACUAAGUCUGAUUGCCGGACUUGCAAUUGGCUCGAUCGUCUUCUUGUAGUUAGAUCUGAUAUGGAUGCCCAUUUGUAAUUGCAUCGAAGUUCUCGCAGUCUAUGCUUGGGCUGAGAGUGACAGAUCGAGCUGUAGGAACUUCUGCGCAAGUUGAAACCCCAAAUCUCUAACCUAUGAUGCAUUCUGGCGGUAGUGCGGCGCAUACUGGGGCCGAGAUCUCGAGUUGCACAAUAAUCAGAAUACCGCACGGGCGAGUGUGAGAUUCUGUUUCUCCUGAGCUGUCGUCAGCAUCUCAAUCCCCCUGUCUGGCAACAUUUCAUAUAGUUCAAUUCCUCUUUGCUGGCCAGAGAAUCAGCUAUUUGGCUACUACAAAUAAAUAUGACAUUUGAGGUGAAUGCUGAACGACCGUCAAGAUUGUCC